AUGAGUCGACCACUUCGAAUCUUGGUUCCCCUUAAACGGGUCAUUGACUAUUCUGUAAAAGUCCGUGUCCGAAAGGAUCUCCAAGGCGUGGAAAAGAAUGGUGUCAAGCACUCGCUCAAUCCGUUCGAUGAGCUGUCUGUGGAAGAAGCGGUUAGGUUGCGAGAACGCAAACACCCAGUUGAGGAGAUUGUUGCCAUUUCUGCAGGACCGCCCAAAUGCCAGGAUGUUCUCCGAACCGCAAUUGCCAUGGGUGCAGAUAGAGCUAUCCAUAUUGACAUGCCGGAGGAGCAGGCAGACUCCAUGGAGCCCCUAGUAGUUGCAAGACUGCUUCAAGCAGUGGCAAGAGAGGAACAGUCAAACUUGGUUCUCCUGGGCAAGCAGGCCAUAGAUAAUGACUUUGGUCAAACAGGACAAUUACUUGCCGGCUUGCUGAAUUGGCCGCAGGCUACGCAGGCUAGCAAGAUUGAAAUCGAGGGAGACAGUGCCAGGGUCACGAGAGAGAUAGAUGGAGGAACACAGACGGUCAAGGCUCAGCUACCCAUGGUGGUGACGACUGAUCUACGGCUGAACGAGCCACGCUAUGCAACACUUCCGAGCAUCAUGAAAGCCAAGAAGAAGAAGAUCGAGCAGAGGACUCUCAAAGACUACGGCGUGGAAGAUGACAAACUGCUGCAAGUUCUCCGUGUUGAGGAACCCCCCAAACGGAAGGCAGGUAGUAUUGUAGGAGAUGUGCCGGGGUUUGUGGGCAAAUUGCGGGAAUUGGGGGCUCUCUGA